CUCGCGGGUGCCUGUUUACUUGCUACCCACAUGUUCCGACCUUGUUUUUCGGUAUUCUAAUCGGAUAGCAAAGCUCAUUAUUAUGAUGUACCUACUCUAAUUUGCGUAUUGUUUUAGUGCGAACGUCGUGAAAAUGAAAGCAGUAUAACAUCAUUGGUAUUAGGCGUUAUCAGCUCUACAGAGCGCUAUUUUCCAUGGGUUUGCGUCGUCUGCUAGAGAAAUGGAAGCAAUAUCGGUACAGAUUUGUCCCGUGGCUUGCAUAUAACUUGAAAGACAGAAGUGUGAGAUCUGUGCCAAAGGGGGAUAAAGAUAAACUUGUUUUGGAUGAAGAAGUUAAGAUGGCCCUAAUAAACUUUCUAUCAGCGAUUGCAAAUAGUACUAAAGACAGCAGUAUUAGCAGUUUGGUGUGUCUACAAUCAAGUGCUGAAAACAAUUUGGAUCUGAUGCAUAAAGUUUUGGGCUUCAAAAUCCAGAGACAACUCAGUUCUAUCCCUAAUGGUGGGACGGGAGUGAUUGUUACUGCUGGAUUUAUUCCUGCUGGAACAGUUACUUCACUCUAUCCAGGCCUCCUAUACCAGCCACAUGAGCCAAUUUUCUUUCAGAGUCUUGGUAAUCCAUUUAUCUUCCGAUGUAUUGAUGGUCUGCUAAUUGAUGGCAAUGACAAGGGAAUCUCUAGGCUUCUUUACAAGUCAUGCCAUGGUAGAGACAGAUUAGGUCCUUUCAGUUUAUGUGAUGCCAGCUGGUUAACAAACUGGCCUAUCAACCCCCUGGCUGUAGGACAGUAUGUCAACAAUCAUAAUAAAGAUUUUCCUGCAAAUGUGGCCUAUCAAGAAUUUGAUCUUCCUUUCAACUUUCCCUUCCAUUUGCGUCAGUAUUUGCCAAACAAUUUUUACAGUGCUAAUGUUGGAGACGCUGGGCAGCAACAAAGGUUGACAAGGCUUGUAGUUCUUGUGGCAACAAGAGACAUACACUGUGGAGAAGAAUUGUUAUCUUCUUAUUUCACUGUUGUUCAUUAAUUGUGUGUGUGAGUGAGAUUAGCGCAUUACUACAUUUAAUAACAGUACUGAAGAUAAGUGGAAAAAUAUAACUAUAAGAAAUAAU